ACCUUCCUACGCUAUGAUUGUAUAGAGCACCGUGCUGCAGUAUUUAAGUUUCUACGUUGAGGCACUUAGCCGAAGAUUGCGCUGAUAACAAACAACGUCGUUCCAGUCCCCUAAUCACCAUUCUGUUUCGUCAAUUGCAUCUCGAGUGAAGUUUAGAAGAUAUUUCGGCAUGGCGACAUUACUCCCGCACGUGAAUAGCGUUAAGGAAAAAGCGUUACAGACCUUCGCCGAGAAAUUCGGCGAGCAGGCCGCUGUUUGCGUGUACGCUCCAGGGCGUGUUAAUCUCAUCGGCGAGCACACCGACUAUAACGACGGUUUUGUAUUGCCGAUGGCACUGCCGAUGGUCACGGUGAUAGUUGGGAAAUCUCACGAUGGUAAAAAAACCAGAAUUCUUUCCUUGAGUGACGUGGUCGGCGAUAUAAACGAGUUCGAAUUCGAAGCUGGGAGUCGAGCUGAUAUAAAACCGGGAGAACCAAAAUGGGCGAACUAUAUAAAAGGAUGUAUCGCCAAUUUUAUUUGUGACGUCCCCGCGUUCAAUGCUGUAAUCGUAUCGACUGUACCAGCAGGCGCCGGGCUUAGUAGUUCUGCAGCUCUAGAGGUAGCGACUUAUACCUUCUUGGAGACCUUGAGCGGGAAAAAACCGGAGAAACCAGAACUAAAGGCUUUAGCGUGUCAAAAAGCAGAGCAUGAUUUCGCUGGUGUGCCAUGCGGUAUAAUGGACCAGUUUAUCUCAACCAUGGGCAAAGAAGGCUACGCUCUUUUGCUUGAUUGUCGCGAUUUUAUUACUAAACAAAUACCUAUGCUGCAUCUAGAUAAUUACGUUUUCCUCAUAACGGAUUCGAACACACCGCACAAAUUGAGUUCGAGCGCCUAUUGCGAGCGUAGAGAUUGUUGUUACGAAGCCGCGAAAAUCUUGGGCAAGAAGAGUUUGAGAGAUGCAAAUAUGAAUGAUAUUUUAGCGUUAAUAUCGCAAAAUGCGUCCGAGUCCAUUGUGAAAAAGGCUCGUCACGUAGUCACAGAAAUUCAACGAACUGUGAACGCUGCGAUGGCACUUGAGAAAAGCGACUUUCAGCAAUUUGGGCGCUUAAUGAAUGAAAGUCACGAUUCAUUGCGCGACGAUUACGAGGUCUCGUCUAAGGAACUCGAUUCGCUGGUCUCGGCGGCUAGAGAAAUGGACGGUGUGUUAGGAAGCCGUUUGACAGGCGCAGGCUUCGGUGGUUGCACCGUAACUUUGUUGAGAAAGGAUGCGGUUGACAAAACGAUCCAACAUAUGAAAGCGAAAUAUUCCGGUACGCCUACAUUUUACAUAGCGACUCCGUCCGGAGGUGCUCGAGAAAUCAGCUAGUAUUUAUAUUAAUUUCUUAAAUAUACAUGAAUAUAGCCAGGAUUUUAUAAUAUUAGGAAAGGGAGCUGAGUACUCUUUGAAGGACAUCGUUAUCAUGUGCCA